ACGAGCCUCGCAUACAGCCCGGGGUCACAUGACGCGAUUAACUGUAGCGUGAGCUCAGCUUUUUGCUGCACGAUAGCAACAAACAGCUCUGAUGCCAGCUAGAUUCUGUGAUUUUAAUAUUAUACGAGUUACCGAGCAGUUUUAAAUCAGAACGUACUACUUUGUAAAAGACUGGACUUGGAGCUGUAUCGCACGGAAUCGCGGUUUUUGGGGGCAUCUCUCUCUCUCUGUGCUAGCUAGCCAAGGUUAGCGCGUUAGCUAACGUCAACAUGAAUGUAGACAACGUUAACCAGACCGUUACUACAGGAGUCUCAUCGACGACGUCUUCUACUGCGAGUAACUGCAUCGCCAACGAUAAUGCAGCAACCAGCAUCAGCAGCAUCCCUUCGGUCACGAGUAACGCUUCAGCCUCAGCAGCUGUGGUCGCGCCAUCAGCAGACACGUCUGUCUCCAACGGUGUCUACGUUCCUGGUGGCAUCACCAACGGAGAUGUGAAGCCUGCCAUCUCCACCACACCCCUGGCGGAUUUCCUCAUGCAGCUGGAAGAGUACACUCCUACAAUUCCUGAUGCAGUUACAGGCUACUACCUCAACCGGGCUGGCUUUGAGGCUUCUGAUCCAAGAAUAAUCCGUCUGAUCUCCCUUGCUUCUCAGAAGUUUAUCUCAGACAUUGCCAAUGAUGCGCUGCAGUACUGCAAAAUGAAGGGCACCGCCUCAGGAAGCUCAAGAAGUAAGACAAAGGACAAGAAGUACACUCUGACCAUGGAGGACCUGACUCCUGCCCUGUCAGAAUAUGGCGUGAAUGUCAAGAAACCUUAUUAUUUUACAUAGAAGUGUUUUCCAAGCUUUUUGCUUUCAGUAGUAAUUCUCCCCCUGCUGGCCUAGUAGAGUCUGA